UCUUUUUCUGAUGAGUGAACGUUAGUAAUUUUGAGGUUGAAAAAAAGCUCAUAAGAAUUAUCUUUAACAGCUAGAACCCAAAACUCAUAUAACUUCACGCAAAACGUUAAGUUUCAAAUAUAUCUCAGAACAAUAACACAUACUCCACAAUGGUUGGGCUCGACGCUGAUAUGAAUAGAGACGAAGACUGUGACAAUAUUGGUCUAGGAUGUGCCUUAGAGCACUUUUCAGAGGUUGAUGAUGUACUAAACAUGAUAGACAAUGUGAAAAAUAUAUAUGAGACUCCUGCAAUAUUCGAGGGAGAGUACGAUAAACUCUACAAUAUUCUUAAACAGUAUUAUGAGCAGCGGCACCUCCUGGAUCCCCAUUUAGACAAGAUAUUAGCGAAGUUCAUGACUAUUAUUAAGGAUAAAAGUUCUUUACCUGAAUUAAAGCAUGCAACUUUCAAUUACAUGUAUCAAAUAAUAAGAGUACGGGGGUAUAAAGUGGUUGUAAGACAUCUCCCACAUGAGGUAACAGAUCUGCUGACUAUACUAACAUUCCUUGAAGCUCAAAAUCCAAAUGAUAAAGAAACAUGGAGAAGCAGAUUUGUGUUAUUACUAUGGCUUUCAAUUGUUGUCAUCAUUCCUUUCCACAUGAGCCGCUUAGACGGGUUUGCUCCAGAACAACCUGGUGCAAGUUCUUCAAAAAAAUUAACAGUAAUGGAAAGAAUAUUUAAUAUCUGCAAAACUUAUGCUUUAAGUAAGGAUACUUGUGCCGAAGCUAGUGCAUACUUGGCUUCAAAAUUCCUGAUAAGGUCUGAUGUUAAGGAAUUAUACAUGAGUCCAUUUUUCAAUUGGGCCUGUGAUAUACAUUCCAAUAUUCAAGAGGAGGACACCAUCCACUAUGGAGUUUUAGCUGCUGUGGCAGCUGUGUUGAAACAUGGAAAACGGGAUGAUUUGCUUCCAUUUGCAUCCAAACUUCUUGAAUGGGUCACAAAGCAAAACUAUAAGAACCAUAAAGCUAUGCUCGUGCGAAAGUAUGGCGUAAAAAUCGUACAGAGAAUUGGCUUAACUUUUCUUCGUCCCCGUGUCGCUGCGUGGAGGUAUACUCGUGGAUCUCGUUCACUGGCGAUGACCUUAGGUGGUGUUGCAGCUGCUGGAGACACAGAGCCUAUCACUUCACCACCCGACGAAGAUGAUCAGGAUAUACCACAAGAGGUCGAAGAUGUUGUGGAACUUCUCCUGUGUUCCCUGCGUGAUGAUGACACAGUAGUGCGGUGGUCAGCCGCGAAGGGCGUAGGCCGUAUUGGGGCGCGUCUACCCGCCUUAGCUGCGGCUGACGUGUGUGAAAGUGUCCUUACUUUGUUCGCGGAACACGAAAGGGACACCGCAUGGCAUGGCGGAUGUAUGGCGCUUGCUGAAUUAGCACGACGAGGGCUCUUAUCGCCGACCCAACUGUGCGAGGGUGUACGUUGUGCAGUGCGUGCUCUGUCACGUGACGAAGUGCGUGCGGUGGGCGCUCGCGCGGCGCGUGACUCGGCGUGUCACGCUGCCUGGGCCUUCGCAAGGGCAUACGAUGCGCAGGCGUUGGCCCCACACGCAGUGGCCUUGGCUAAUGCACUAAUUGCCACUGCUUGCUUUGAUAGAGAGAUAAACUGCCGUCGCGCAGCCGCAGCUGCCUACCAAGAGAACGUAGGCCGUCAUGGUAUGUUCCCUCACGGGAUAUCUGUACUCACUACAGCGGACUUCCACUCAGUUGGUCCAAGGAGUAACGCCUACUUAAUCGUGGCCCCUCAAGUUGCUGCCUUUCCCGAGUACACACAGCCCCUAAUUGACCACCUGGUGGACCUUAAGGUGGGACAUUGGGACUUCGCUGUUAGGGAGUUGGCCGCUAAAGCUCUGAAUAAACUUACCGAUAAGAUUCCAGAUUACAUGGCCACCAUAGUUUUACCCAAGCUAGUACAAAAGACAGAGUCGAUGGAUUUGAACUUACGUCAUGGUGCCAUACUCGCUAUAGGAGAAGUUAUCUACGCACUAUCCCAAACUAAGUUACCUAACGGUUCUAAAGCGGAUUCAUUAGUUCCUGAGGAAGUGAUAACGUGUAUUCGGUCCCUGGUUGGGCGUUUGUUUUCUCGACAGCAGUUCCGAGGAUUGGGCGGGGAAUUGAUGCGACAGGCGUGUUGCCAUUGCAUCUCUAAGCUUUGUCUUGCGCAUGCGCCGAUGUACGAGCUCGAUACUAUCGAUGAGUGGCUGAAUCUGAUAGAAGAAUGUCUGUCCCACGAAGUACAAGUGAUUCGGGAGAAGGCAAUCGAAGCUUUGCCUUUAGUGUUCCAAGAGUAUUUGCAAAACGACGAGUUCGUUUACGAUGGCGUUAAUACGAAGGAGAAACGCGCGCAGCUGAUGAAGAAGUAUUGUGAACAACUAUCCAAUACUGGCGUUAACGGACUGUUGUUUAGAAUGGGAUAUGCCAGGGCUGUAGGAUCUCUCCCAAAAUUCGCUUUAAUCGAACACCUACCACUAGUAAUCCGUUCCCUCAUAGAGUGUACUAAAGUGACCGAAAGUACCGCAAAAUGGGCAGAAGCACGUCGUGAUGCUGUAGUGGGUCUCACUGAUGUGUGUCAGACUCUGGGAGUUGUGGGUGUUGAAGAGCACGUCUCGGAUGUGACGCAGGCUUUAUUAGAUUGCCUCGCUGAAUACACGAUUGAUAUGAGGGGAGAUGUUGGUGCCUGGGUACGCGAGGCUAGUAUGACCGGUUUGUUAUCAAUUUGCCGUCAAAGCGCAUCAGAUGCACCACACCUAAACAGCCCGGAAGUGAUAAGCGCAGUGAUGUGUGGUGUCGCGCAACAAGCUGUAGAGAAGAUCGAUAGGACGCGUGCGCACGCCGGAAGGAUAUUUACUGCGUUGAUUUAUAACGAUCCGCCAGUCGCAAAUAUCCCUCAGCACGAUGCUCUGAAACGCAUAUUUCCCUUCGAAGAAGUAGAAGUGAAGCCCCAACGUCAAGAGGAAGAGCAUAAUUUAACCAGCGAGAACUCGAAUGUCGUGCUUUGGCUGUUCCCGGGACAUACGAUGCCAAGAUUCGUCCAACUAUUAAACUUUCCCGCUUACAGGUACCAUGUCAUUAAGGGCCUGAUUGUGAGCGCUGGAGAAUUAACCGAAAGCCUGGUAAAACACACGACACAGUCCCUAUUCUCAUACUUGAACUCACUUCACGAAGAUCUCGAUACGUUGAAGAGCAUUUGUGAUACGAUAAUACGAGUGUUCGCUGAUAAUCUUCACGUGAAACGGAUCACUGGACCAAUUUUUAAUUUCCUCGACAGACUCCUGAGUUCAGGUUCACUAUCUCCCAUACUCGAAGACAAGGAGUCUACGUUUGCUAAAGAUGUAUUGAAGCAUUUGCAAUUGGAGCUUCGAGGUGGGAAAAACAUCUACAAAUUAUUGGAUUCUAUUAAUGUGUUGUGCCAACUUAUUCAGGUGGGGGGUGCUGUAUGCGCGAAUUCGCUGGGUAUGCUCGUGAUAUAUUUGUGCUAUGGCGAACGGUAUGUCCGUCGAUGUGCGGCUGCCCGCCUAUAUGAGGCGCUCACACUCUAUGGGGACGUCUGUGACCUACCCGCAGAGAACCUUGAUCAGGUAAUGUCAAUUUUGGCAGACACAGACUGGGAAAAGGACGUAAAUGAAUUGAGGCCCAUAAGAAAUGAGAUUUGCGAUCUCAUGGGAAUAAAAAGGCCGGUUAUGAAAGCUAAGAAGCCUUAAAACCGGUUUUGACUCCU